AUGGGCCGCCUGCCGCUGCUGCUGCUGGGCAACCGGACGCAGGGCGCGGCCCGCCGGCCGCCCCGCCCGCCCAAGGAGCUGAACCAGACGCUGGCCGGGCCCGGGGCGGCGGCAGCGCCCGUGGCGGUGAGCGGGGGCGGCGGCGGGACGGCCCCGGGCCCGGCUUACGAGACGUGCUGGGGCUACUACGACGUGAGCGGGCAGUGGGACAAGGAGUUCGAGUGCAACAACAGCCAGAGCGGGUUCCGCUACUGCUGCGGCACCUGCUACUACCGCUUCUGCUGCAACAAGCGCGCCGAGAAGCUCGACCAGGGCCAGUGCCGCAACUACCAGAGCCCCGGCUGGAUCACCACGCCCGGCCUGCGCCCCGCGCCGCCCGACGGCAACCAGCCCGACAAGUACGACCCGGCCAAGGACAGCACCAACGCCACAGUCUACAUCUCCUGCGGCGCCGUGGCCUUCGUGCUGGUGGCCGGCGUCUUCGCCAAGGUGGCCUACGACAAAGCGCGGCGCCCGCCCCGGGAGAUGAACAUCCACAGGGCUCUGGCAGACAUCCUAAGGCAGCAGGGGCCAAUCCCAAUAGCACACUGUGAAAGAGAGACUAUCUCGGCCAUAGAUACCCCUCCCAAAGAAAACACGCCUGUCCGAACAUCCUCCAAAAACCACUACACCCCUGUGCGCACCUCUAAAAGCAAUCCAGGUCACUAUGGGAAGGAUAUUUAUCGAAGUGGAGGGCCAGAUCUCCAUAAUUUCAUCUCCUCCGGGUUUGUCACAUUAGGAAGAGGACACGUGAAGGAUGACCAAGAACAAAAUUAUAACCACCUGAUACUAAACAGUGCAACCCAGACACCUACAAAUGAAAAACCACGGAUGAACAAUAUCCUCACUUCCGCCACGGAGCCCUAUGAUCUCUCCUUUUCCAGGUCCUUCCAGAACCUCUCCCAUCUCCCGCCAUCUUACGAGGCUGCAGUCAAGACUAACCCAACUGACAAAGAAGCUGAUGAAUAUUACAUGAAGAGGAGACAUCUUCCUGAUCUGGCAGCACGAGGGACCCUCCCUCUCAAUGUCAUCCAAAUGUCUCAGAAACAGACCAACCACAGAGAACGGCCCCGCCGACCCAUACGGGCUAUGUCCCAGGACAGGGUGCUGUCCCCUGAGAGGGUCAUGCCCGAGGAGUUCAGCAUGUCCUAUGAACGGAUCCUCUCUGAUGAACAGCUUUUGUCCGCAGAGCGCCUCCAUUCCCAAGACCCCCUGCUCUCCCCGGAGCGCACAGGUUUCGCAGACCAGUCCAUGUCACGCGCAUUGUCACACACAGACGUCUUUGUUUCUACGCCUGUCUUGGAUCGCUACAGGAUGACAAAGAUGCACUCCCAUCCCAGUGCCUCAAAUAACUUGUACAAUACCUUAUGUAUGAACCAAACUUCCGCCAAGCGCCAAGCAUUCGCCUCCCGACGGCACAACACAGUGGAACAACUGCAUUAUAUCCCAGGACACCACCACCAUUACCGCACAGCGAGCAAAACAGAGGUGACUGUUUGAUAUGACACGGUGCAUUGUAGAUAAUCAGUAAGGACUGGUGUGACCCCAGCACCCCAAACUGCAGUGGCCUUACAGGCCAAGAUAACCUCUAACUGAGUGUCUGAAAAAACUUUUCUGACAGUCACAUCUGCAUUGUUUUUAAAACCAUUCUCAUGUUGUUGACAUAAGAAGAAAAAACGGGCAAUUGGAGAGAAUCCCCAACAUGCGCCAGUUUCUGUCAAAGAAAGCCAUAGCAGUUGGUGGCACCUUCCAAGGGCUUAUCUGCUGUAACUCAUUCGUUUUUAUGAAUUUAGGACUUUUAAACUUCAAUUGCUCCAAGUCUCACAGAGCCCACAGUAUGUUUGCAGCAUCCUAGCCUGGCAGGGUGGGGCCCUGUCACUAUCUCUCACACCAGCCCUUUUGGCCAGUACUGAAUUUUUCAGUGACUACUUAUAUUGCUCUUGGCUGCUAAUAGUCACAGUCAAGCAUUAGCUGUUAGGAUGUCCCCCAGGUAGCUGUUGUUCUUCCUAAUUUAAAAAUCAAAGCUUACUAGGGGACUGUCAGUUCUAGUGACACAAUUAGCCUAGCUGAUAAAUGAAGUCUUGUUUAUAUUAAAUAUACUCAUAAACCAGAAAUAUAAUAGUGCCUAAAAAUCGACUGCUCUCUCAGUGUAGGAAGUAGUGGGGUUGACAUGUCAAUAAGCACAAUUAUGCUGAAAUGCUCGUUAGGCCCUUUCUGCACUCAUCCUAAUUUCUGCAGUCUGUAAAUAGAAAACAGGGGUGGGAUUUCAUUGUUUCAGCUUCUUGCCAACAUGAUGCCAGAGGCACCAAAACUCACCCAUCAUUACAUUGCUAAAAAGCACUUUGGGUGAAACACUGGCUCUGUUGAAAUAGUAAAACUCCCAUUGACUUCAGUGGAGCCACGAUUUCACCAUCCUAUUAACAUCUCAUCCCAGUCCAAUUCCUCAGCUCUGUUUCUGAGCCUAAUUAUUCCUCUCAGUGACAACUGAGGACUCACCAUUUCAGAGGAAUGGAAAACUCUCUGCUAAAUCUGUUUGAACAGAGACAGACAGAAAAGUUUGUCUAUUAACCCAAAACUAGAUGGAUAUUUUCCAAUCGUCAUAUGAGCAGACAGUUACAUUUCAUGUGCAUAAAUUAUAUAUCCAACAUAAUUAUACUAAAUGGGCAUGUUGUAUAUCUGAUGUAUAAUACUAAUUAGAUACAGAGUAUUUGUAAAU